CAAAAGAAGAUCUACAUGCUAGAUACCAAGACGUCUUCACAGGCAUCGGCAGACUGCCUGGAAAACUGCACAUCCAAACAGACAAAACUAAACCGUCAGAGCAGUUACCAACGAGGCCUGUCCCUGAACCACUGAAAGAAGAAGUUAAAGCCGAGCUAGAACGGAUGGAACGCGAUGGGAUUAUUGAGCCCGUCUCGGAGCCCACAGAGUGGAUCUCGAGCAUGGUGGCGGUGCAGAAGCCAAACAAGGGAAUACGAAUCUGCAUAGACCCGAAGCCACUCAAUCGAGUGAUAAAACGCAACCACUUUCCUCUGCCAACUAUCGAAGACAUCUUACCGGAGCUGACAAAGGCCAAAGUAUUCACGGUAUGUGAUGCCAAGAGCGGUUAUUGGCACGUGGAACUAGACGAGGAGAGCAGCUAUCUGACCACCUUUGGGACACCGUGGGGCCGGUUCCGCUGGAAACGUCUGCCAUUUGGCAUCUGCCUAGCAUCUGAAGAGUUCCAGAGGAGGUUGAAUCUUGCUCUGGAGGGACUUGAUGGCGUCCGUCCCAUCGCAGACGACAUAUUAGUGUAUGGAGUCGGACCAACCAGUGAUGAAGCGACAAAAGACCACGAUCAGAAGCUGAUCUGCCUCCUGGAACGCUGCAGAAAAGUCGGAAUAAAGCUGAACUUCGAAAAACUGAAACUGAGACAGAGCGAGGUCAAAUACAUGGGCCACAUGUUCACAGCAGAAGGCCUGAAAGCGGACCCGGAAAAGAUCAGUGCAGUGACCAACAUGCCUCCACCAGUGGACCGAAAAGGUGUUCAGCGCAUUCUUGGUCUGGUCAACUAUCUGCAAAGGUUCUCACCGCGCUUAGCUGAAGUAUCUGCCCCGUUGAGAGCCCUUCUAAAGAAGGAAAAUCUCUUCAUCUACGAAGAAAAUGUCCAUGGACGUGCCCUGGCAGAAAUCAAACAGAUCAUCACGCGUGACCCUGUCCUCAAGUACUACAAUGUAAACGAAGAUGUUGUAGUACAGGUAGACGCGUCACACCAUGGAUUAGGCGCGUGUCUCAUGCAAAACGAGCAGCCUGUGGCGUAUGCGUCGAGAUCGUUGACUGAGACAGAGAAAAACUAUGCACAGAUAGAGAAGGAGAUGCUGGCGAUAGUAUACGGUCUCAACAAGUUCGAGCGGUACACUCAAGGGAAAGAAGUCACGGUGGAAUCGGAUCACAAGCCGUUAGAAGCUAUACUCAAGAAAGAGCUGAUAAAAGCACCAAAGAGACUACAGAGAAUGAUGCUGGGACUACAGAAAUUUCAGUUCCAAGUGGUGUACAAGAAAGGCCAAGAAAUGUAUCUCGCGGAUACAUUGAGCCGCGCGCAUGAAGAGUCAACCGGGUCUGACGCACCCACUGAACAUGUGUGCCACGUCAGAGAGACUGCUUCGGCUGAUGAAUUUGAAGUGAGAGACGUGGACAUCAUCGAGUGGCUUCCUGUCUCAAAGAUGACGAAAGAGCUGAUUGUAGAAGCCACUUCGAAGGAUAAGACGUUGCAAGACGUCCAGGUGAUGAUCAAACAGGGAUGGCCUGCUGACAAGAACAGAGUGCCUGGACAUCUAAGGCAGUAUUAUAAUGUCAAGGAUGAACUGACGAUGAGAGACGGACUCGUUCUCAAAGGAGAUAGGCUCUGCAUUCCAGAGGCAGCGAAGCAGAAACUCAAAGAACGCGUGCACUCCUCUCAUAUAGGACUUCAAGGCUGCCUCAGGAGAGCACGAGAAGCCAUUUUCUGGCCAGGGAUGAACCAAGACCUCGAAAACUACAUAUCAAAGUGCACAACAUGCAUGGCCCACGGGAGCAAACAAAGAAAAGAAACGUUGAAGUCACAUGAAGUACCGGAACGGCCGUGGCAGAACAUAGCAUGUGACUUAAUGGAUUUUCAAGGACACUCAUACCUAGUAACAGUAGAUGUUUACUCUGACUUCAUCGAAGUUGAUCGCCUCAUCAGCAAGAGGGCAAGUGAUAUCGUGAGACUACUCAAGAUUCAAAUGGCAAGGCACGGAAUUCCUGACAAGGUGAUGAGUGACAAUGGUCCUCCGUUCAACUCUGCAGAGUUCAAAUCCUUUUCUCAGCUGUAUGAGUUUAAACACGUCACCAGCUCGCCAGGCUAUCCACAGUCGAAUGGAAAAGCAGAGAGUGCUGUCAAAAUACUGAAAAGUCUGAUGAUCAAAGCUCAGGAAGAUAGCCGCGAUCCAUAUCUCGCACUUCUGGACUGGCGCAACACCCCGACAGAGAGAAUCGGGAGCUCACCUGCACAGCGACUCUUCGGCCGUCGGACGAAGACCCUACUUCCAACGUCAUCACGACUGCUGGUGCCGGAAACUGUUCGACAGGUCCCGAGUAAGCUAGUCGACCGGCAACAGAAACAGGCAACGUACUACAACAGGACCGCUCAGGAUCUGAAGCAGCUGAGUGUGGGUGACAACGUGUACAUGGCGCCUGCGCCAGGGAAACACAAGUGGAUUCCCGGAGUGAUCACAAGCUGUCUCGGGAACCGGUCGUACCUGGUGAGGACGGAUAGUGCCGGGACGUAUCGCCGCAACAGGCGGCACCUUCGCCUCUUCUCACCUGGAGAGACCUGUAGUCACCCGGCAGCUGGAUCAUCUGACGAUGAUUACCUGUACAUACCAGUGCCCCACAUGGGCACUCGGGAGGAGCGGCCGACCCAGCCACCUCCUCUGAGCCGGUCUCCAUAUCAACUGAGGAGCAGGUCAAGGCUACCUUAAGCCAGAGGAGGGAAGAUGUGGCUUGUCUAGGCUCAUGUGACGUGGCUAAGCUCAUUGACGCAGUUAUUAAGAAAAAGCAGCAGACAACCACCCAGCUCCCAAGAG